UGUGUCCAAGAACAAUUAAAACACGAGCUCCUACAACUAAUUAAUAGCAUUGCUCUUGAUUUGUUUAGUUACUUGAGAUCAAUAGAGACCUAACAUGGCCUCUCAGGCUCCGGUUCUGAUGCUUCUCUUGCUGAUCUCCUCGUCCUCCUUGCUUCCUCUAGCUUUCUCUUCUCUCACAGGCCUCGCCCAGAUCAGAAGUUCCGCAAAAUUCCGCGCCCCAUCCUGGAAACAAAUAAAAGAAGCUGUAUCAUUUCUAAAUGAUUUUGUCGGCCUAUUAACAAACCUGCUGUCGCCGCGGCAGCCGCAGCCAAGUAAUAUCCCGCAGCUGGGCCGAAUCUCGAGCACCUCCAAUGCCUUGACCCGGCUGAACGUGCCUUUCUACACAGUCGAUGUGGGGAUCGGCAGCCCACCGCAGCCCACCACGCUGCUGCUCGAUGUCGCCCUCGACUUCGUCUGGACCCAAUGCCGGACUUGCACCCUCUGCUUCAAGCAGCCCUCCCCGAAUUUCGACCCCAGCAAGUCGAAGACCUACAGCAAGAUCCCCUGCAAGGACAACCUCUGCCAGCAGGCCCCGUCUCCCUCCUGCUCCGCCGACUGCCUCUACGACGUUGAGUACGAUACCGACUUAUGGACACCGGGCGUAAUGGCAACGGAGACGUUCGCCUUGGGCUCCGCCAGCUUCCCAAACCUCGCCUUCGGAUGCGGGACUAACAACAGCGGCUUCGACGGCAUCGCCUCUGGUGUUAUGGGGCUCGGCAGGGGGAGCUUGUCGCUCACGUCGCAAUUGAAGGUCAGUAAGUUCUCCCACUGCUUCGUCUCCUAUUACAAUAACACCAGCGUCGUCAGCAGCCCCUUCAUGAUCGGCGAUUCGAGCAGCCUCAGCCCCUCUGCUCUGUCCACCCCCUUCGUCAGGAAUCCUGCCAUGUACCCCUUCAGUUCCUUCUAUUACCUCAGCUUGACCGCCGUAACUGUCGGCACGAUGCUGGUUCCGAUGCCGAGCACGGUGACCCAAGUGAAUUACACGGACAGCACCGGAGGGCUCUUCAUCGAUGCCACGACUCCGCUCACUUACCUGGACGACCCGGCCUACAAGGCGGUGAGGCAAGCCUUUGUCUCCCAAAUAAAGCUGCCGCUGAAGGCGGCUCCCGAAGGGUUCGACCUGUGCUUUGCGUUGUCGCCGAACGUCGAGAGCGUGGAGGUGCCGGAUGUCGUGUUCCACUUCCAAGGCGCUGACAUGGAGCUCCCGCCGAAGAACGUCUUCAUUGCGGAUCCUGCCGAGGGCCUUCUGUGCCUGAUGAUGGGCAACUCCACCGGAAUAUCAGUGCUCGGCAACUUUCAAUUGCAGAACAUGCAUGUGCUCUACGAUUUGGGCAAACAAGCACUGUCGUUCGAGCCGGCUCAGUGCUCCAUGAGCUAUAAGACGCAUGCAUGGCCUUUGUCGUACGUUCUCUUGUGUGUGUGUGUGCGCGCGUGUUUUACCUUCGUGAAUGCAUGGAGUGCUUAAUUAUAUUAUACGUAUCUGCAUGGUUAAGUUGAAACACGUACGUGCACGCGCGUACGUAUGCUCUAUUUGUUAUGUGUGAUGCUUUUUUAGUACUUUUGUUCCAGUAUAAGUACAGAUGUACGAAUAAGCAGAAAAAUACUGCAUGUGUUUAAUUAUAUAAAAAAA